AGUCACAACAGUGUCAAGGAUUUCAAGAAUUGAAUUGGGGCGCCAAGUAGAAGAACCCUAAGAAACAGACAAAGACAUAGAGACAGGCACAGACACAGCUUUAGCAACUCCUCACGGAUCUGCUCUCACAAGUUCCUAUAACUCAUUUGCUGUUCCGCCACCUUCCAUUCUUUCAUCAUUUCUGCAGCUUUACACUUUUUCCUCUGGUCGUUGAUUCCAAGUGUGAAAAUUUGUAUUUUUUGUUCUGUAAAUACAUGGAAUUCAGUCUUGCUUCUCUUUGAUUCUGAGGCAUUGGUUUGAGUUUGAAGGUUCGAAGUUGCUAAAAAUUAUGUCUGAAAGGCGGGUUUCUGAUCCUAGCAAGCUUCAUCUCAAGAAGAAGGACCUCGCUCAAAUUCAUAAAGCUGCUCGUGUCUUGAGGGAUCCUGGUACGACGUCGUCCUGGAAGUCACCUCUUAGUUCAUCGAGAUCCGUUGCUGCUGCUUCCGCUUCUGCAUGGAAGAACAAUUUGUACAGUGGAAAAGAGAAUAGCGGGUUGUUGUGCAACUGGGAGAAUCACAAAUCGUCAGGCGACAAGAGUGGAGUGGCCAAAAACGACUUCGUAGAGGAAGAAGAAGAUGAUGGUGAUGAUGAGGUUGCUGCUGCUGGCGGCGCCAACGACGGUUCUUCUUCAUCGCUUCUGGGAAGUUUCGAGGAUUCCUUGAGUGAUGCUCGAGGUUGUGAUUCGAAGAGCAACACUUACUUGCGAGAUGGGAGACGUUCUUCUAUUUUCCGGUGUAAAGACGCUAAUAAUUUUUCUUCGGCCAGAAGAAAAAUGGGCAGUAUCAAGAGAAAGAGUAAGAAAACUAACACAUAUUCGGAUAACUUGUCAAAAUACCGGAAACCAGCAACCAAUUUGGGUAGGAAGUUUGUAAAUUCCAAGACAUUUCUAGAGGACUCAAUUGAACAGUCUGAUGAUACUGAGGAUUACUACAAUUCUGAGGAUUUAAGGCGAAUUUUAGGGUCGUCUCGUUUGCUGUUGAAACUCAAGCGUAAGAAUUGGUCUCGUUCUUCCUCAAAGUUACUGAGAGGUAGCCGAACUGAGGACUCUUCUUAUACUUAUAGCACGCCUGCGUUAUCAACCUGCUCUUAUAAUAGGUUUGGUCACUAUAAUUCAAGUACUGUUGGAUCCUGGGAUGCCACGACAAGCUCAUUGAAUUAUGGUGAUGAUGAGGUAGACGAUCACUUGGAUUUGCCUGGCCAGAGGGGAUGCGGGAUUCCUUGUUAUUGGUCCAAGAGGACUCCAAAAAAUAGAGGGAUGUGUAGGAGUUGUUAUUCUCCUUCUCUUUCAGAGACUUUGAGGAGGAAAGGAAGUAGCUUAUUUUGUGGAAGUCAAAGUAUCUAUACAAGACACCGGAGGUCCUUAUCAUCAAGCCCUAACAAGUGGAGAGUUUCUUCAAGGAGCGCUCAUGGUGUUCUUCCACUGCUCACCAGCAGUGGUGAUGUUAGAGGAGGCUCGUCUGUAGGAACUGGAAGGAGCGAUGAUGAACUUUCCACGAACUUAGGGGAACUUUAUCUUGAGGGUUUAAGCAGGUUAGAUGGAAGGAGAUGGUCAUCAAGUUGUAGGAGUCAAGAUGUUUUGGAGAUUGUGGCUGUGGAGGGGGAAGGGGAUGAGGAAGGCACACUAGAAAAUGCUACUAGUUUCAGUCAGAAGUAUAAACCUAUUUCCUUUGAUGACUUGAUUGGCCAGAACAUUGUGGCUCAGUCACUUAUGAAUGCUAUUUCAAGGGAUAGAAUUGCGCCCAUUUAUCUUUUCCAAGGUCCACGUGGCACUGGUAAAACUUCAACAGCCAGAAUUUUUGCAGCUGCUCUUAAUUGUAAGGCUCCUGAUUUAAGUAAGCCUUGUGGAUACUGCAGGAAUUGCACUGAUCUCAAUUCUGGAAAGAGUAGGAAUUUCUUGGAAGUUGAUGGAACCAAUAAGCAAGGGAUUGAUAGUGUUAGACAUCUACUGAAAAGACUACCGGCAGGAUCACCAUCAGCCUCCUCACAAUACGCUGUAUUUGUAAUAGAUGAGUGUCACUUGCUUCCUUCUAAGACAUGGCUGGCAUUUCUGAAGUUUCUGGAAGAACCACCUAGUCGAGUUGUGUUCAUAUUUAUAACAACUGAUCUUGAGAAUGUUCCACGGACAAUACAGUCUCGAUGCCAGAAGUACCUUUUUAACAAAAUUAAAGAUGGUGAUAUUGUGGCCAGAUUAAGGACACUAUCUGCUGAAGAGAACCUGGAUGUUGAAAAAGAUGCGCUGGACCUUAUUGCUAUGAAUGCGGAUGGUUCGCUUCAAGAUGCAGAAACUAUGUUAGAACAACUGAGUUUGCUGGGGAAAAGAAUUACUGCUUCACUUGUCAAUGAACUUGUGGGUGUUGUCUCGGAUGAAAAACUACUAGAGCUGUUGGAGAUAGCAAUGUCAUCAGAUACCUCAGAAACAGUGAAGAGAGCCAGAGAAGUGAUGGAUUUUGUGGCUGAUCCGAUGAUUUUGAUAUCACAAAUGGCAUGCCUCAUUAUGGACAUCAUUGCCGGAUCAUAUAGUGUCAUUGAUGCCAAACCUAGUGAUUCGUAUUUUGGUGGACGAAGUUUGAAUGAAUCGGAGUUGGGGAGGUUAAAGCAUGCUUUGAAGCUGCUCUCAGAGGCUGAGAAACAGUUAAGGACUUCUAGUGAACGCUCAACAUGGUUCACAGCUACCCUGCUACAGCUUGGUUCAAUGCCUUCACCAGAUCUUACCCAGUCAGGCACUGGAAGGAGGCAGAGCGGCAAGACUUCCGAAUAUGAUCCAUCAAGUGCUUCAAGAGAAGUUACUGCUCCAAAGCAUAGAUCGGAUGUUAGAUAUAUUUCUCGAAUGUCAACAUCCCCUAUUUCCCAGCAACAACCUUUGAAUGGCGAUUCUAGAGGUCAAUGGGAUGUAUCGUCUAAGUCAGAUGGUUUCAGCUUGAGUUCACAGCCAUCAAGUAGUCCAGUUCUAGGAGAUGAUGAUGCAACGCCGGCUUCAUCUGAUGAUCUUAUUACUGGGAAUAUGAUGGUAAGAUGUGUAAAUUCAGGGAAGUUACUUGAUAUCUGGGCAAGUUGUAUAGGGAGGUGUCACUCUAAGACGUUGAGGCAGCUUCUCCACAAUCAUGGAAAUCUUGUAUCUAUUUGUGAAGUUGAAGGUGUUCUGGUUGCAUAUGUUGCAUUCAGAGAUAGAGAUGUUAAAAUUAGGGCUGAAAGGUUUUUGAGUAGUAUUACAAAUUCAAUGGAAAUGGUACUCAGGUGCAAUGUGGAGGUUAGAAUUAUUCAUUUGCCAGAUGGUGGAGGUGAAAAUCUACCUGGUAUCAUGCAGGCAGGAUCAACAAUGGGAAGUGAGAGACCAAAAAAAGGAGACCAUGCAAAUGAAAAGGGUAGUCAUUCUAGUUUUCUUCCUUUGCUGGAUGAAAACUUGCAGCCUGUCAUUGAUUCAUCAGAUUUGACGGCUGGGAGGAACUGUGUGAGAGAGGAUAAACAGGAAAUUCCCACCCACAGAGUUGAAUCUAUUAUACGUGAGCAGAGGCUGGAAACUGCGUGGCUUCAGGCUGUAGAAAAAGGUUCUCCAGGAUUUUUGAAUCAUCCAAGACCUGAGAAGAAUCAGGUACUGCCUCAGGAAAAUGUUAUCUGUAAAGACCCAGUAGAGUCCAUUGAUUCAACAAGGUUUUCCACUCAGCGUUGGGAAGAUGACCCUCAUCAUGAAGUCAAAGUUUUGAAAGUUAAACACGGAAGAAUCAUACAAAAUGGUCAGAUUAGUAGAAACGGAGCCCGAUGUCCCAUGUCCCCAAGUUUAUUGCACGGUAGCAGUUUAGCAUCAAAUUCCAACAAAGAUAAUCUGGGAUAUGAGUCAGGCUCCGGGGCCGCAGGUUGCGUGGGACUUCUAUGUUGGAAUAACUGCAAGCGAAGAAGGGUAAAGGUUAGAACACAAAAAGUUGGACAUUUUACAUUAUUUAGUGACUGUGGUAAGUCAAUGAAAAGGGAGGUCAAAAGGUAAGUAAGUUGAUUCAUCAAGCAUUAGUUAUUAGUUAUUGAGAUAAAUCUUCAGAAAUUUUUCGUAUGCCUUUUUCUUCAUUUGAACGAUUCUUCGAGAAUGUGAGUGGGAAAUGUAAAUGUUAUGUGGUUCGGUACCUUUGUUCCCUUGUUCCUUCUGAUUCAUAAUUUAUCUAAGAAAUUCAUAAUGAGGGACAUUAAAAGCCUUGAGUUUCCUUUCUUCAAAA